GUAGAAAGUUUAGCUUUUAGUUUUUUGUUUUUUCUUCAGCACGAUGUUUGUUUUGAUAAAUUUGUCUGUAUUUUCUUCUCCAGGUCCAAGAUGGUUCAGCGCCUGACUUACCGCCGUAGGCUGUCCUACAACACCACCUCCAACAAGACCAGACUAUCCCGGACUCCUGGUAACCGGAUUGUGUAUCUCUACACUAAGAAGACCGGCAAAGCUCCCAAGUCAGCAUGUGGAAUCUGCCCCGGUAGACUGCGUGGUAUCCGUGCAGUGAGACCUCAGGUUCUUAUGAGGCUCUCAAAGACCAAGAAGCAUGUGAGCAGAGCCUAUGGUGGUUCCAUGUGCGCCAAAUGUGUGCGUGACAGGAUCAAGCGUGCUUUCCUUAUUGAGGAGCAGAAGAUCGUUGUCAAAGUACUGAAGGCACAGGCACAGAGUCAAAAAACUAAGUAAAUGAGUUUGUGUACUUUAAAAUAAAUGUUGGAUCAAA